ACUUUUUUUACAUAUAUAGAAAUUCUUUGGAUGACUAAAUUAAAACUUGAUCAUUUACCUGUUUUGCUUAGCAUUAAAUCAAACAUUCUUGCAAGUGCAUGGUUUCGAGGAAGCCAUUGAAAACAGUUCACUCGCUUCUCUUCCUGUCACUAUAUAUCCACCAAUCCUUGGUUCCUUCUCUUUUCCCAACAAUUUUAGGUCUUCAAGGGUUCACACUUUCUUCUGAGGUCGUCUACACUGUUAGAGUCUCGAUCCACCAUGGAUAGCUUCAUCAAUUGGUUGGUGUCCCUGAUAAGUUGCUUAGGGUCAAAGAUUAAUCCAAUACUUGAAAAAAUCACAGGAUAUACAUUUAAUGUUAAGGAUAACUCUUGUGAUGAAACUGGAAUUGAUGGAGAAAUGUGGUUGCUUGUUGCUGGUGCUGUUGUGGUUGCUCUGAUGGUCAUUGUUGUUGUUUGGUUUCUUUGGGAGAUGAUUGUGGUGAUUUUCAGAUGUUUUUAUCCAUGUUGCUGUUGUUGUUGCAGAAGUGGGAGGACAAUGAAGGCUCCAGGGAGAGACUAUUACAUUUUAAGGGACGACUUUGAGCGCAAUCCUAGAGAUUAUUUUCGUAAACUGCGUAGUGAUCAACAUGCGUGUUUGGUUUGAAAUUUUGAAGAAGUAAACCCGCGACAAAUUACUACUUUUUACUUCUUUGACGUGAAAAAUUAUGAACAUAUAUAGUUGGUUGUUAUUGAGGUUUGUUUGUGUUUGGAUGGUGCAUGUUUGGCAUGAUUUGGGUGAUUUGAUGUUGUACAAAAUGUGUUGUAAUUUGUGUUGAUAUUUGAAGUGUGGUAUCCAUGUUUGCUGUUACUUGAUGAGACUGAAGUUUCUGUUGGUUAAACAUUUCUUGUUUGUUCA